AUGACUAUCAUUGGCACUCUCCCAUUUUUCAGCCUUUUUUCAUCACAAUCCAAGCCUGACCGUAUUCGCAAGAGUAUCGGUCCCAUCUCUACUGUUCUUAAGCGUCAACCAUUCUCAUCAACAUCUCAGCGUGCUCUUCCUAAAUCAUCAAGCUAUUAUCAAUACAAAGAUGCUGGUGCUUCCAAUGCUAAUAGCAGUAAAGGCCCUGAAGUAGUAACCGAGAAUUCAAUUCUUAGCAACUUUCCAAGACCUAAUUUGAUGCCAACACUUCAUUUCUCACUGUUUGGAGGCUAUCAAUCACCUACUGAAGGCGAUCAAACCAGAAGAUCUGCUUCACAAUGCAACAAUUGUUCUGGACCCCAUUCAACUGAUUUCUGCCCUUGCUAA